AUGGAUGAGUCGGAGGCGGCGCAAGAGAUCGAGGCCCUUCGAGCGAUCUGGCCUGAACUCCAAGACCGGCCUCCCGUUUGGAAUUGUCCAGCGAUCGCGAUACCUGUCUGCCCCCUGGGUUCCCUGGACGCCAAACGGCCUACCCGCAUCACAGUCGUGGUCAUCUUCAACCCCAGGUACCCGAAAGUGCCGCCGCGUCUGGAGCUGGAGUCGCCAAGCCAACUCGACGAGGAUGAGGUGGCGAGGUUGAAGCACAUGCUUGACGUGAAGGCGGCGGAGGUAGCCGGGACGGGCAUGGUGAUGGUCCACGACCUCUUGGUCUUAACGAACGACUUUCUCUCGGACAAGAACCGAGCAGAUGAGGAGAGGAGCAGGGGGGGAGACGAGAGCCUGUUCCAGAAGAUGCUCACGGAGGAACAGCGCCAGAGAGACAAGAGGGAGGAGGAGGAGCGGGCGGAAGAGAAACGUCAGCGGGAUGAGGAAGCCAAGGAGUUGCUAGAGGAAGAGGCCAAGGGCGAAGCGCAGUGGGCGGUGGUCCGGGAAAAACUGGAGCAGGAAAGGGAGAGAGCCGCCAGCGCGGGGUUUCUAGGGGCGAUGGAAGGCGUCAUCCCCGAGGUGUCUGCCGGCGGCGAGCAUGAACACGACACCGGGGGGGAGGGGGCACAAGACCAAGAGGCUGGGGCAGCCGGAGAACGAGGAGGUCUAGGCCGCGAAGAAGACGACGAAGACUCGAAUGCCUCCGACGAUAGCUGGAUGAACCAUCCCCAGGACAACCACAACGGCGCAGACAGGAGGUUUCCCGCCGGCGGAGGCGGCGGAGAAGGGGGGAGUGGGGCCGUCAAGGAACGGAGUAGCUGGUACCGCUCGCAGUUCAAGGAGCUGGAGAAUCUGGGGAAGGGGGGCUUCGGGACGGUCGUGAAAGUCCGCAACCGAGUGGAUCGUCGUCUUUACGCCGUGAAAAAAGUGGGUCUAGACCCCUUCGACAAGGAGACCAACCGGAAGAUUAGGAGGGAGGUCACCACCAUCUCUACCCUCAUCCACAAGAACAUCGUCCGGUACUACCAGGCGUGGCUCGAAGGGGGCGGGGGAGCAUUCCCGGCGGCCGUCGAAGAAGAGCACAGCGGCGACGAAGAUGACGACGACGACGACGAAGACGACCACCUCCCGAGGGAUACCGGGACCAUGUCUACGGGUUUGGAGGACAACGAGGCUGACGGUAGCCAUGUCCACUUCGACGAUGGCGUUGGCGGCCGCGGUUGCCGGGCAAGGCACAGCAUGCAGCUCGGGGAAGGCGAUGCUGGCAGCACCGUUGCCGUGGGAGGGGAAGACAGCAGUGCCGCCCCGGGGACAACGGCCGUGCUGGGCAAAAAGGCCAAGCGGCUGCUGAGGAAGCAGGCCAGGAAGAAGAAGCGCUUGCUAGUCGUCGCAGCGGCAACGGCGGCCGCUGUUGGUAGUGGUGAUGCCGGGGUUGCUGGCAAAGGCUGGGAGGGGACGACUGACCAAGAAGGAAGCAAUGACCAGGGGAACACCGGAAGCGAGGAGGGAUCGUGGGGCUCCGGGGGAGGCGACUACCGCUCUCACGGCCAAGGGAAGCUUGUGUCUGACGCUGAGUUUUUUCAGUACUUCGGCUCGCCGGAAAGAGCGAGGCAGGUGAGCGACGCAGGGGCGCCGCCGGUGCCCGCUUCGUGGUCCUCGGAAGACGCCCUGAUGCAGCUCUACGAAGAAACGCGGCGGAAUAGGGACCGGGGAAACAAACCAUCGGCGGCCUCCGCCGCUUCGUCGUCGGCGAAAACGCCCAACAGAUCGCUGCCGUCGUCGCUGCCAGGGAGCCCGAGACCUGGGGGGACGGGGGGGUUGGACUCCCUGAUUGCCCCGCCUCCGCCCGUGACGAGGGGCGGUGAACGGCAGUUUCUGUAUAUCCAGAUGGAGUACUGCGAGAACACCCUGCGGCACCUAAUCGACCACGGUGAGCUUUGGCGAGAAGAGCAGCGGUGCUGGAGACUCUUCCGGCAGAUGUUAGAGGGCGUGGACUUCAUCCAUUCCAAGGGCAUCAUACAUAGGGAUCUGACGCCGCCGAAUGUGUUCCUAGAUGGAGAAGAGAACGUCAAGCUUGGAGACUUCGGCCUCGCCACGUCGAAAAAGCCUCGUACCAAGGGUGGUGGAGUCAACAAGUUGGAUCGCGGAGCCCCCUACGACGACGAUGACGACGACAGCACCAACGCCGACGGAGGAUUGACGACAAGCAACGGCAACUACGACGGGGGGGGGUCGAUGAGCUCCGCGUUUCCUUCGGUGUUCGGGGAGUUAGAGCUUCCUCUCAGCGACACGAGCCAGCUCACCGACGGAGUAGGGACAGGCCCGUACAUCGCGCCGGAGCAGGGUGCGAGGUUCGGGCAGUACAACCACAAAGCGGACAUGUGGAGCUUGGGUGUCAUCCUCUUCGAGAUGCUGGCUCCGAGGUUCAGCACUCUGAUGGAAAGAGCCGGGGUGAUGACGGCCCUCAGGAGCCCGGGGGGGGUAGAGUUUCCACCAGCAUUUGAAGAAAGAGUGCCCGACAACGCUAAACAAGUGAUCAGGUGGCUACUGAUGACGGACGCGGACGCGAGGCCUACGGCAGCAGAGCUCUUGUCAAGCGCACUCUUGCCACCCAAGUUGGAGGUGGAGGCUUCCUUCCUGAGGGAGGCGUUACGGGUGAUGGGAAACCCCGAGAGCGAUACGUUUCAGGUGAUCGUCAAGGCGCUCUUGGACCAAGAAACGGCGGAACAUGUGGAGCACUGGUACGACCACGAGCCUCUCAAGACCGUGUCGGCUCGAAUACCGAUAGAGGCACCGGCGGUGGCCUUGGUCUGCGACGGAUUGCGGCGAGUCUUCGAGACCCACGGUGCCACACCGGUGGCACCACCGACUAUUCGACCCAAGCCCCCCCCAUCUCUAGCGCCUCCCGCGUUGGCCUCCAGGGGCCUGGUGCGUCUAGUUGACCGUAAGGGGGCGGUGGUGACCCUGCCCGGGAACCUGACCGUGCCGUUCGCGCGGUUCGUCGCAAGGAGCGGCGUGACCCGCCUGAAGCGGUACCAGAUUGACCGCAUCUUCCUCGCGGGGGGCGCCGGCGAAUCGGACGACCCUUCCUCGGACCGUUCCUGCGUGGAGGCGUGGGAGGCGGACUUCGACAUCAUAUCCUCGGGCCACUCCUCCUCUGCCGCUGCUGCUUCAUAUGGGGGGGCUGGCCGCGGCGUCGACGGCAACAGUGGCAUCACUGCGAGGCUUCCGACAAGUUUGGGCGGUGAUGGGAGAGGUGUUCGUGCAGCGCUAGGGCAUCAUGAUUCCGGAGAGGGUCGGUUCGAGGUGGCCGAGGCGGAAGCUGUGCUAGUCAUAUCCCAGGUGAUGGGCACUUUCGAAGGGUUUCUCGGGCCGUGGUUCCUCCGCCUCGGCCACGUGAAGAUGUCCCAGGCCAUCUUGGAGCUAUGCGGGGUGCCUCAAGACGUCAGGCCUAUUGUGACCGGCCUGCUUGGCAAGCUAGCCAGGGGCUCCAUCACCCCGGCAAAGGCGUUUUCCGAAGUGGGGUCCAAGGGCCUAUCCGAGGAAACGCUGUUGAACGUUCGCCCUUUCCUGCACCACAUGGGCAAGGAGCCCUUCGAGGCCUUGUCGCGUCUCGAGGUGCUGGUGCAGCGCAUCCCGGCUGUGAAGAGCGUCAUGGAGCUACCGGGCAGGCGGAGCGAACACGCCGCUAGCCGAGACAGAAACCGCACCGAUUCUGCAGACUCUCGUGCUGGAGGUGACCGCAGUGACGGGGAUCCGAGGGGCGGCUCUAUCGGCCGGCGAAGUCGCAGGCGCGGUGGCGGCGGCGAUUCUUCGACCGCAGCCGGCUUCGGCCUUGGAGGCGCUGUUCGAACGGGGGGCGAGUUGGACGGGGAGUGUUGGAAGGGUGGGGUCGUCGUGAUGCCCUCCUUCGUGAUGCUUGACCUUGGGCUGACGCAGCGGCAGGGGAGCUACGCGUCCGGCACGGUGUUCCAGGCGGCGCUUGUGAACGGAGCGUCCCUCUCUGGCAGAGGAGACGAGGGGUACCGCACUUCUUUGACGGUGGCCGAAGGCGGGCGUUAUGAUGACUUGGUCGCCAAGCACCGGUACCACCUGCGUGCCACGAGCAAGGUGUCCGGGUCCUCGGCCUUGUGUGCUGUGGGCGUUCGCUUCGCGGUGGAAAAGCUGGCCUCGAUGCUCGUCACCCCUAGGAACGAAUCCCUCCCGGGGCUCAAGAACCAACCCCAGAUUUCACGGCGGCCUGUGGAUGCCAUCGUGUGCGCCGGUGGGGGCUUCGAGUCGCAAGGGUUGCAGGAGCGGGUUCUGGUGGCGGCCCGACUUUGGGCCGGCGGCAUCCGUGCGGAGUACCUCGCAACCGAUGCGCUCGUCAGGGCUGGGGCGGGGAAGGGAGGGGGAUUGGAGGGAGCCGCCGAAGCUUGCCUGAGCCUGGGGAUUCCGUUCGUUGUGGUCGUACGUCCGCACACCCUGGUUGCGAAGAAGGCGGUCAAGGUGAUGUCGGUGAUGGAGAAAGGUGGCGGCCAACUGGAGGUUCCUCUCGACCACCUGGCGCAGCAUGUGAUGACUCGUCAAGAGUACAAGAACUACUCCACCCUCGAGCGGAAAGCCGCUAGUCUCCUCGACGCGGCUAUCGCAGGACCGAUCGAGGGGAAACGGGAGGGAAACGGUCCGCUCGUACUGGCGACGGAGGCUUCCUUUGCAGCAGUCCGAGGGCUGACCACGUGCUACAUGUUGUACGGCGCGGAAAGCAAAUCGCUGCAGGAGUUUCUGGCCGACCAUCCCGAGAAGAAGGUUCUCAGAAAUUUACUCACGUCCCUGCAGCAAGUGGAGGAGGGCGGCCGGCGCAAGGGCGGCGGGGGGAGGGGUCAGCAGCAGGGCAAGGGGGGGAGAGACCAGCAAGCGCAGUCCUCUUCUCACGCUAGACAGGUGUUCGUGUACAGCCAGCCAGACGAGGUGAUGGACAUCAUGACCUUCUCAAACCCGUCCGCUUCGGGAGGCUUGCUCGGGCACCACCAGUCAUCGGCGUCGUCUAGCGCUAGGGCGGGACGGGGGUUGAGGUAG